AUGGCAUUUGAAUGCCAGGAAAACAUAGCGGUUGGUUUGACAAAGAAUCCGGUGAAUACUGUACAUAAUUCUUGCAAAGAAGAAGUUGAGUUGAAUCAGUUUAAUUCCCCAAAUACCCAAAAAUAUUUGACUUUUGAUUCAAACACCGAUACUAGGGUGUCUGGAGAACCAAAGACCAUACUAGAAAUUCAUCCCAAAAGUGGUAUUUCUGCUUCUUGUAGCGCAAAAUCAUUGCCAUUGAAUGAGGUUUUGUCUAAUUAUCGCCACACAAUCACUGACCUUCCUCCGGCAUUGAUAUCAGAGAUACUUAAUUGCCUUGACCCUAAGGAGCUUGGUGUCGUUUCCUGUGUGUCUGCAUCUCUUUAUAGGCUUGCUUCUGAACACCAUGUUUGGAAGGAGUUUUAUUGCGACAGAUGGGGACAUCCAAUAGCCCCAGCACCUCAGGGGACGGAGUAUUCGGAUGAGAAGUCAUGGAAGGAACUCUUUGUAGAGAGGGAGUUUCGGAGCAAAAUCUUUAUGGGCCGCUAUGGUAUUGAUGUUCUUUAUGGUCACACUGAAGCUGUUAGGACUGUUUUUCUUCUGUCUGCUAAGAAACUCGUAUUUACCUCAGGGUAUGAUCAAAUUGUUAGGAUGUGGGAGAUGGAAGAAGGGUUGUCAAUUGCAUCCUCUCGUCCCCUUGGUUGCACUAUUCGUGCAGUUGCAGCAGAUACCAGGCUCUUGGUAGCUGGGGGUACUGAUGGAUUUAUACAUGGUUGGAGGGCAGAGGAAGGGCAUCCUUAUUUGUUUGAUCUUAGGGGUCCCCAGAACCAGAACAAAGAGUUCCGGCUUUGGGAACAUGAUGGGCCUAUAACAUGUCUUGCUUUGGACCUUACUAGAAUUUACAGUGGUUCAUGGGACAUGACUGUGCGUGUUUGGGACCGUUCUUCAUUGAAGUGCUUGAAAAUCUUGAUGCAUAAUGACUGGGUUUGGAGCCUUGCCCCUCAUGAUACUACAGUGGCAAGCACAUCAGGAUCAGAUGUACAUGUGUGGGACACUAAUAGUGGGACUCAGAUAGCCGUAAUCAGUAAUGCGCAUGUGGGCAACACUAACUCUUUGGCUCGGAGCCACACUGGGAAUCUCUUAUUCACUGGGGGAGAUGAUGGGGCAGUACACAUGUUUGAGAUCACCAAUCGUGCUGUGGGUCAUGUUCGGCAGGUUGCAACAUGGAUUCCUCAUUCCGGUCCUGUUUAUUCUCUUGCAUUUGAGUUCCCCUGGCUUGUUUCAGCUUCCAGUGAUGGAAGGCUUUCACUUAUUGAUGUGAGAAAGCUGCUGAAGAAAAGUGGGUAUUGUUCAAUGGUAAAACCUUCGAGGGUUAUCAACACAGACCAGAGGGAUGUGGAGCCUCCACAGAGAAUGCUACAUGGGUUUGGGUGCAAUUUAUUUGCGGUGGAUAUUGGUUCUGAUCGCAUUGUAUGUGCAGGCGAAGAAGGUGUUGUUAGAAUUUGGAACUUCUCACAAGCUUUGGAGAUAGAGCGAAGGGUGCGUGCUUUAAGAGGUAUACGGUUAGAGAACAGGAUGAGGAGGCGGAAGCUUCAAACAGAAAUGACCAGCAAAGGUGGCCGAACUGAUCAGUGUUCUGUUGCCGCAAAGAAGAAUCAAUUGAAUGGUGAUAGGAAUGGCUGGCACCACAAGCGUGGGGUGAGUGGGAAGCUGAAGGCUUAG